AUUGUUCGUAAUGCACGAAUCGACGUAAUAAAUGAUUCAACCGUGACCGACCUCUCAAAAGGUUUACCCAAGAGCGCUUAUACGACAUCGCUGAAGAGGUUCCCAAAUUCCGAAAGCAAUCACGUCCUCGCCGACUGCUCUUCGACGAAGAAAGUGUGGUCGCCGUGCCAAUGCAGACUGGAAAUAUGCGUCGGCUGGUAUCCGUGCGGUCUGAAAUAUUGCAAAGGCAAGGGAGAAUCGAAGGACUCGGCGAUGUCCUACAGAUGCGGCAUCAAGACCUGCAGGAAAUGCCACCUGUUCUCCUAUUACGUGCCGCAAAAACAGACUUGCCUCUGGGACGAAUGAUAGUGAUUACCUUGUAGAACAUUUGUUGCCUUACAUUACUAAUAAUUCGAAUACACUUUAUCCCACGAAUUCCAUGUUACGAAAUGGCUAUUCCGACAAACUAAUAAAAACACUAAAUUAACUAAUAUAUAAAUAUAUAAAAGUCUAUUUUUUCACAAGAGAUGAUUUUAUUUUGUAUCCAGCGAUGUAUGUCUUUAGAUCAUGAACAAACAAAAAAAAAACAUAAGCUAUUUCUACAAUCAUUGUUUGGUAUUGUAAAUAAACAACUAUUAUUUUUGUAAAUUUCAAAUUCAUCAUUAAUCAAUUUCCACCGUUCAAACUCUUCCAUUUUAAGAUAAUUUCAAUAUUAAAAGGUUUGAUUUGAUUGUUCAUUGAAUCUUAAUUUGCUGCAAUUGAAGUGGAGAUAUUUACAGUAGCAGACAAGAGGGCAUGCAACGCGUAUUUAGUUUAAGUUAUCACGGGUCUUCUGCAUUUGUUGGCAUGUGAUUUCGAUCGAUGGGAUAUUUUGUAUGUGAGGAGGAGGACGUUGUAACGAACCUGCGAUUGUUUGGACCAAAAUGCCUUAGGUGUGUUAAGAGAGAGAGAGACGAUGCAUUUGCUUGCCAAUUUUAAUUGAAUUACAACUGUAAUCCGUAUAGUCUAUAGGCUAGUUAAGUUUCUACUGUAAUAGAUUUAAAGCAACCAUCCGUAAAUAAAGAAAAAAAAAACAGAAAAGUAAAUUAAUGUACAUUUUAGGAAAUAAAAUAAUGAUUAAAUAACACUUAUAUAUUAAAGUUUAAGAGUUUAACGAUAAGGUGUGUGGAUCAUGUUGU